AACUUACUUGCAGUUAUAAUGAAUAUCGCUGAUCCCAACAGCGACCAUACGGGCCUAUACUCGAUAUAGUUUUUGUUUUUCGACAAGAACAUGUUGAGCAAGUGAAUAAAUCCUUGUCAGAAAUUAUAGUAUUUGAAUGACAGUGUUUUUGAGGAUUUUCGUGUGAAUGCUGUGAAACUACGAAAAAUUUAUACCACCUUUCCGAAGUGACAAUGAUUAAGUUGUUUUCUUUGAAACAGCAGAAAAAGGACGGAGAAGCAGCCCCCAAAUCAGGGACUCAAAAGAAAGCUUCCGCCGCGCAAUUAAGAAUAACUAAAGAUAUAAAUGAACUUAAUCUUCCAAAAACCUGCAAUACCGAGUUCCCAGAUCCGGAUGACUUACUCACGUUCAAGCUUAUUAUAUGCCCCGAUGAGGGCUUCUAUCGGGGAGGAAAAUUUGUAUUUAGCUUUAAAGUAGGUCCUAACUAUCCUCAUGAGCCACCUAAAGUGAAAUGUGAAACUCCAGUAUAUCAUCCGAACAUUGACUUGGAAGGGAAUGUUUGCCUUAACAUUUUGCGAGAAGAUUGGAAGCCAGUGUUAACUAUUAAUUCUAUUGUUUAUGGACUACAGUAUUUGUUUUUAGAGCCUAAUCCAGAAGACCCACUUAACAAAGAGGCUGCUGAAAUGCUGCAGAACAACAGACGUAUUUUUGAACAGAAUGUGCAGAAAGCAAUGAGAGGUGGUUAUGUUGGUUCUGUAUACUUUGAAAGGUGUUUGAAAUGAAAAACUGUGAAUGGAACACACAACUUUUUUUUCUGAAGAAAGAUGUGACCUAUGGUCUAGCAACAUGGGUUUGAUUAAAGUAUUAUUUAAGCCAGCACAUUAUAAUGCUUCGGCCAGACAGGUCACUUGCUUGAGAGAGUUUUUAUUUAAACCAGCUUUCAGUACGAACUCUGAAGUUUCUUCCAUUUGUUAAAUAACCAUAUUCAUUGACAGGAAAAAGUCCAAAUUUUUGAAAGUGUGUGUGUGUGUGUGUGUGUGUGUGUGUGUGUGUGUGUGUGUGUGUGUGUGUGAGAGAGAGAGAGAGAGAGAGAGAGAGAGAGAGAGAGAGAGAGAGAGAGACAUAUCCAUAAAAUCUGUUCUGUGACUUAUUUUGUCCACACAAUUUUUUAAAAAGGUUUUUGUUUUUGCCAUUUUUAACUCACAUUUAAAAUGCAUUGAAAUGGAAUUUAGCUUUAUUACAGUCAUUGUUGUAACAUUUUGCCAAAUAGAACAAAUGUAAGCUCGAACUCAUUUCAAUAAAGUAUAUCUCAAAAAGUGUAAAUUAAACAGUUGGUAACUGUUCUUGAAGAUUAGUUGAUUUAUACAGUGUCCUGUAAAUUCCUUUCUAAAUAAUAGGCUGACAGUGAGGAAUUGCAAAAUAUAUUUGAUACCAUUGAUCAGAUUGUGUCGCAUCAAUUUUUGUUAGUGUGGAAAAAAAAAUCACCUUCUGCAAAUAAAUGGAUCAUACAAACUCA